UAAUAAUGUCUUUGGUGUGACGGAGUGCAGGAAUCCCGCCAAUACAACUGCAACGUAGCACGUGCACGAGUUGAGCGUAGAGGUCUCUCAGUGAGUAGCUGGUCGCUUGUUGGUCGAGGGAGCAAUGGACAACAGGAGAGAGAAUGGAACAGUCCAGCGCAAAAAGAAACUGAGUCUUCGGGGCAACAGACUUAGAAAGAAACGUUCUAGUUAUUCAGAGGAUACGUCCCCGUCUUCGUCUGCGACUGAGGAGACGAGCACGUCGUUGAGCAGCUGCGACACGAGCGGCUGCAGCGCAUCCGACACUAGUAGCUGCAGUACAACAGACACCAGCUACUCCAGCGAAGACAGCUCCACUUCAAACCCCAGCACUACCUCCAGCGGCGGCUCAUCUUCCAGUAGCUCCGCCACAAGUUCCACUGAAGACGGUACCUCAACUGCUUCCAGUUCCUCCGUCCAAGACGCAAACACGGAAUCCUUAUCGGGCGAAGAUUCUUCAGUCCAGAUACUUGCUGACAAAACUGCUAAGUUGUAUGUUUGGACGUCAACAGAUUCUGAUGAAGGUGAAGACUAAACAGUAACCGAAAGGAAUUGGAUCUACUGCAAUGCAGCAUUUUGUGGUGCUGUCUACUGGAUCCACAAAACUUGUUUAAAUUUCUACUGAGAUAAAAAUUGGGUGUAAAAAUGUUCUUACUUCUUGAAAGUUUUGUAAUAGAUGAAAAUCUUUGGAUUUCUAGUCUACACUUUAAUAUAUAAGCAGUAUAUUAAUUUUAGUUUCCUUGCUGACACUCUAAAUUUUAAUGUAAUUCCUGAUGUUAAAACGACUCUUUGGUAUUAGGGGAAGGUUCAGUGUUAAGUGACUGGAAAAAUUUAAUAUUUUAAAGGAAAAGAAUAUCUUGGUUUGUGGAGACUAAAAAUAUUUUUGAAAAUGUCAUUUUCUGUUAGUUAAUAAAGUAUUGUA